AUGGCUAUGUUGAACACCUCCUUACUUAUCCACCACACACAUGGUGCAAGGCCUUUUUUGGCAUACCAUUCGAAAUGUGAUGCAGUGGAUAAUAAUAUGUGCGAGUCCUUUAAUGGAGAUCUAUUGGAAGCUAGGAAAAUGCAUAUACUGUCAUUGUUGGAGUGGGUUAGGAAAGAUGCCAUGAAUAGGAUUUAUAGAAAAAGAAUGGAGUGUGUGAAAUGGUUCACACAUGUCAGUCCUAGUAGUAUUACAUUGUUAGAAAAGAAUCUGAAUAGGGCAUGCAAGUGCCAUGUAGAGUACAAUGGGGAAGAUGCUUAUGAGGUAUCAGAGGGUGAGAAUAGGCAUACAGUUCAUAUGAGUUCUAGGAGCUGUACUUGUAGGGCAUGGAAUUUGACUGGAAUUCCAUGUCCAUAUGCCAUAUGUGCCUUGAAUCAUAAGGACAAAGAUUUGUUAACAGGCAUUCACCCCUGCUACUCCAAGGAAACAUAUUUGGCUAGCUAUAGUUUUGUGAUGCAGCCACUAAAAGGUAAACAAAUGUGGCCAAGAACUGGAAGAGAACCUCUUAUUCCACCUCAAGUGUUGAAAUCUGCUGGAAGACCAAAGAUAGCUAGGAGAAGAGACAGAGAAGAACCCAAGCCUUCAGGCAAGCUGUCAAAGGCAGGCUUUGUUAUGUCAUGCAGCUACUGCCAUAGCAAAGGUCAUAAUGUCAGGGGCUGUAGUAAGAAGAAGAAAGGCAUACAUGUUCCUCCCAUGGAGAAGGGUAAGACUAUGGUGGUGGAUGAUGAAGAGCAAGAACCAACAUCAGUGAACCAGGUUCCAAUACAUACUGGAUCUGGGAUUCAUAUUGGCACUCACGUACCACAACAAGAGAGGCAAGCACCACCUAUGGCCAAUAAGAACAUAGGAAAAGGAAAAGGAAAGAAACACCCGACAAAUAAUGUUGGAGCAGGACUAUGUCGUGAUAACGUUAUUAGAGAAGUUUCAUUUAAUUCUGGUGAGCUUGGGGACAGGAUGGCUACAUCACACAAUCCAAUACCAGAAGAAGUGCAAAGAAAAAUACAACAUAAAGCAAGCACUGCGCAGUUUGAGGGGAGGCCAUUUUAUGGUAGAUUUAGAGCUACUGGACCUCAGUGGAAUGGAAAUGAAAGCGUCUCAACCAAUCAAUUAGAAACUGAGGUUCAGAGGAGGAUUAGCCAGAUGCAACAAAGAAGGCAGAACACUGAGUCAGCUCCUAAUCCAGACUUUACUACCUUCUCUAGACAACUAGCCCCUACAUUCUGUAGUGUGGGUCCACAAGCUUUCACAAGAACAGUAUCUGGGCAAUCACUAUCCCAAACUGAUUCCAACUCAGUCAAUGCACCAAAUCCUUUCAAUAAUUUGCAGCAAUCAACUUCUGUGGGAUCUCAACUAUCACAAGAUAGCCAGUCAACGAUGGAAGGUGGUCAGUCAGAAGUGCAUAGAAUGCAAAGGAGGAUGACCAACAUGGGACCUCAACAGCCACCCCAGAAGCAAAAGCCAAAGAAGAGGGUGAAUACACCUUUCAAGCAGCCAACUCCUAAACCAAAUUGGAAACCAUAAUCAUAGGGAUGUUUUUGUUUUAAUAUGGUGUGUUUUUUGCAAAUGUUGUAUGCACAUUCUGCCCCGUAUAUGCACAAUGUGGUGUGAAUGGAGGACAUAUUUUGUUACCUCAUGGGUAGGUUAUUUUGCGAAUGUAAUAGUAUUGUGUUUUUGUGUGCACAUAUAA